AUGACGAGAUGUCCACCGGGUCCACCAGGUCCACCAGGAUAUGAUGGUGAAGAUGGAGAGGAUGGUGUGCCUGGAAUUCCUGGAUUAGAUGGAAUUCCUGGAUUUCUAACAAAAUAUAAGGAUGGAGAAUGCAUUAAAUGUCCACCUGGUCCACCAGGUGUGCCAGGUCCUAUGGGAGCACCCGGUGAACGGGGACCAAAAGGAUUGGAUGGAAUAAAUGGAGAACGAAUGGGUAUUGGAGCGAUCGGUCCCCCCGGUCUUCCCGGUGAUCCUGGAAUACAAGGACCAAUAGGACCACCAGGUGUGGAUGGUGAAGCUGGACUACCAGGAAUACAAGCGAUACUUGGAAAACCGGGUCUACCUGGGCCAACUGGUCCACGAGGACCGAUUGGAUCUCCCGGUGAACCAGGCAUAACAGUAAAUGGUGAAGUAGGGCCAGUUGGCAUAUCAGGUCGCGCAGGAUUACCAGGUCUUCCAGGACCAAAAGGUCCCGAUGGAGAAAUUGGAAUGCCUGGAAUUCCUGGAUCUGAUGGUAUUUAUUGUCCAUGUCCGCCAAGAAAUUGGUUCAACAUCGAGGAAAACCUAUCAGAAACAGCAACGCAACGAGUAUUUCAUUGA